AUGUCUGAGACCCAAGGAAGCCAGAAUGACGAACGUAGCAGACAUACGCCUCCACGCAAUGAUCGGUCACCCAACCCGCUACCAUUCACAGACGCCGUCAUGCAAGCUCCAAUGCCUGACAGGCCUCCUCCACCGAUAGAAAAGUUUGACGGCACUUCAGAUCCGGAACACCACAUCAGAAACUUCAUCGACUCUAUGGCUUUCUACUCCAAUAGUGACCCGGUCAAAUGUAGGGCCUUCUCCCUAUCCUUAAAAGGAGAAGCACUGGAGUGGUAUUAUACUCUCCCUCCUAACACAAUGGAUAACUUUCGCACCGUCAUCACCUUAUUCAGAAGGCAAUAUGCCUCCAAUCGGAAACAGGAGAUAACACCGGCGGAAUUAGUAAAUACUAGACAGGAGAAAGGGGAAACCUUGAAGGCAUUCAUGAAAAGAUACAAUGAAACCGCACGACGAGUUAAAGAGGUUAAUCACUCUUUUAUUAUUAAUAAUUUACCUUCAUGCUUGAAACCAGGAUAUGUUGCUGAAAAACUGUAUGCACGGCCACCGAAAACCAUGGGGGAGCUCCAAGAAAGAGUAGCUGAAUUCAUCCGUAUGGAAGACAUGCGAAUCUCACAAAGAAGGCAACAACAUGAAUUUGAGGUAGGCGGAAAGAGAAAGGACAACAAACAAAUGUUCAACAGUAACGAAAAAAGUAGAGAUUUUCCUCAUAGUGAUUUUGUCCGAACUCCCAGAUUUAGUCAUUACACAACCCUUAAUGCACCCAAAGCAAAAGUUCUCGAAGAAGCCCUUAAUGCUGAACUUCUUACAAUCCAAGAGAAGUGUUCCCCAAAAAACGCAGACGAACGGAAAAGCUGCCGGUUUCAUCUAAACCAUGGUCAUACCACAGAAGAAUGUGGGGCAUUGAGGGAUGAAAUAGAAAGGCUCAUCCGAGCAGGACAUCUCCAAAAAUUUGUGAAGGAAGAAAGAUCUCAAAGAAGAAGUCCCCCGAGAGGAAGAUCUUUGCGCAGAAGUCCCGGACGGUCAUACCAAAGGGAGGAGCAUGGAAAAAAAUAUAAUCGCAGUCGCAGCCAGGAUCGAGAGCAGGAACGAUCGGUUCGUGGGCGUAUCGAUUAA